AUGACCACCCACGCCUACACCAAAGAGCUCCAGCUCGCCCGCCUCGCUGUGCAACGCGCCGCCCUCCUAACAAAACGCCUCCUCUCCGAAGUAGACAAAGGCUCCUUCGACAAAGUCGACGCAACGCCCGUAACAAUUGCCGACUUUGCUGCGCAAGCCUCCAUCAUCGCCGCAAUCCACCACACCUUCCCAACGGAUCAAAUUGUCGGCGAAGAAGACUCCACCGCUCUUCGCCAAGACUCGGUCCUCCUCGAGCGAACAUGGGACCUGGCCCGGUCCGUGCAUCUGGACGAUGAAGCCAGUGAAGCGAUGCUGUAUACCCCAUCCACGAAAGACGAGAUGCUCACAUUAAUCGACCUGGGCGCGCAAGGAAAUGCAGGCCGAAGUGGACGGACGUGGACUCUUGACCCGGUCGAUGGGACGGCUACUUUUAUGCGCGGGCAGCAGUAUGCUGUUUGUUUAAGUCUGAUUGUGGAUGGGGAGCAGGUUGUUGGUGUUCUGGGGUGUCCGAAUCUACUGAGCGACCGACGUGUUGCGGAGGAGUUGGUUGACAAGGAUGGCUACGGACAGAUGUUAUCUGCGGUUGUUGGACAUGGAGUGACGAUCCAGCCGUUGGGCACGGGCAAGUUACUAGAUGGGACGAUGCUACCGGGCGUAUCGCAGGUCGAGGACCCCAAAGAGGUGCGGUUCAUCGAUACGCAAGCUUCUGAGACGGCGAAUCUGGAAGUUCAUGGGAAGGCUGCGGCGCUUCUGGGUUGUGCGUGGCCGAAUCCUGUGGAUCUGUGGUCUGCGCAGAUGCGAUAUGUGGCUAUUGCGGUUGGGGCGUGUAAUGCAUUUGUCAAGGUGCCGUUGAAGGAUAGUUAUCGGUCGAAGAUCUGGGAUCAUUCGGGAGGGAUGCUUUUGGCGGCGGAGUUGGGGGUGAAGAUUACAGAUCUGGCGGGGAAUGAUGUUGAUUGUGGUCUUGGUAGAACGUUGGCUGGAUGUCAUGGGAUGGUUGUGGCGCCUGCUUCUAUUCAUGGGCAGGUCUUGGAGGCGGUUCGGGUUGCGAGGCAGUCUUGA